AUGGCAUUCCGGCCGGAAAGAUCCGCAGUUCAGUCACGCGUGUGGCUAGAGAAGGGCAAGGCAUGGAAGCUGGAGACGGAAUUGCUCGAGGACGCCACAGGAUGGGCGGGCCCAUCCUCUACCUCUAUUCGAAAGAAAAGUCGCGGACGAGGUGACAAAUCGUCUUCGAAGCGGCGCCAGUACCGACCGCCAGUGCCAGACCUGUUGCCCUUGUACCCUGACCUUUCGACGACCUCUGCCACUCCUCAGGAUAAUGAGGCCGAUUGCCUUCAGGUCGUCAAAAUCAUUUUGCUUGGCGCAGCGGGAGUGGGCAAAUCAUCAAUUAUUGAGCAAUUUGUUUGGAAUGAGUUUCGCGAGCAAUACUCAACGACCGAACGCAAAAAAACCUACUACCCGACCGUCAUCAUUAAUAGCCACCUGUACGAGUUGAAAAUUUCGGACAUCCCAGUUAUUCCCUACUUUCCGCACAACUCAUUUAGCGAAUGGGCCGACUACCGAUUCUACGGCCUGCGUUCUGCCACGGCCUAUGUGCUCGUGUAUGACAUGACCAACACAGAGACCUUCCAAUACAUCAGGACGAUGCGAGAGCAGAUGGCCGAGAGCCGAGACAUGCGGAACGUGCCUGUGCUGGUCGUAGGCAACAAGCAGGACUUGGUGCAAGACGGCGUCGCCAACAUCAACUCGGCCACCAGCACAGUUAAUUUGAUGGAGCAGGGUUUGCAAAAAAUGGCAGCGGAGAACUCGCGUGAGAAGCGGGAUAUCGUGAACAUCGUUCGAAAGCACUGGAAGUGCCCACAUGUCGAGUGCAGUGCCAAGUACAACUGGAACGUCGUGUCGGUGUUUAAAGAGUUGAUGAGGGCCGUCGACCUGGUCAGCGGAGCCCACGGAGGCUCCUUGCAAGGUCGGCCAAGCAACAGCAGCAAAGAGCCAACCACGCUGUGUUCGCCAAUUGGCCGCGACUUUCGCUUUGGUGGCUCCAGGGACAAGUGCGUAAUUUCCUAAAAUCGUCUUGAAACUUUCGUCAAAUAAUGCGUUAAGCGAAUUGUGAUUUUUGUUUUUCAAAAUAUUUUUCAAAAUACUUAAUAAUUGCCUUUGAAACCUUAAAAUAUGAACCUACUGCCAACGAAUUGAGUUGAACUGUCAAGAAUUUUCCAAGUGAGAUCACAUGCUCGCAACUGUUGAAUUUGGAAACACCAAUAUCCAAACGAAUUGAUGUUAAAAACUCUAAAGGAAGAUUGAAUGUUUGUCAACAAGUGUCCUCUCAAAAAGCCACCUUCAAAUGUGCGAGUCCGUCAAAAAUAUGUUAGAGAUUUUCAUGAUGUUUUGAUAAGGUUGAGAAAAUCAUUUACUGCUUUGCCUUUAUUUUAAGCCAGAGUCCAAAGUGCGACUUUGGAAUUUUCAAAACACUUCCAUCGACGUAUUAAUAUGAAUAUUUUUUUAAUAGACUCAAGAUCAAGAAAUUAUUUUCCAAAAAACGAAUUGAAAAAUACGGAAAAACUUUUCAAACCACAGAGGCAAAUACCACACAUAGAUUGCCUACUAGCACUAGCAAAACGAGACGCAACUGACGCGCUUUAUCAGAUAUUGUUGUUAUUUUAAUAAGUUUCGAUCGCUCGAUAUCUUUUAAGUUUAGCUUUAAAACAUAACAAAAAUUCCCAAACAAGUCGCAAUAACAGUUACUUUUAAUUUCUGUAGGUGAAGAUUUAAAAAAUAAAAAAAAUAAAUUUAAACAAAAUUGCCAGUUCAGAAAACAUCGGAAAAUGUUCAAUUCACAAUCAGAUGCACCAGUUUCAAAAGGGGAUAAUUAAUUUAUUUUAUCUACGUGCAAAUGCAAAUGUGAAAGCGCAGAAAGGAAAUCUUAAAUUAAAUUUUCAAACUGAUCUACAAGUAGAAUGUUAUUGAAAAUAACAUAUGUAUACAGAUAUGUAUAGGUUAUUGCAGGUUAUUGAAGAAAAUUACGCAUUUCAACCCACCCAGUUUGAGUAUAAUAGCUGAACUUGCGUCUCUCCCUAUAAAUAAAGAAAAUUGAUCUGGUGCCAUAAUAUCUGCGAUUUCUGGGCGCUUUGCCACAUUUUCCGCCCCAGGCAGGCGCAUCAAACAUCAAAUUCAGGCCACUAAACCAACAUUGAUGGCAACCCAAUUUAAUAGUUCACCAAUACGCUCUCUUGUUGGCCCUUGGACUUGGAGAAGAGAAUUUUUGCAACGCGGCGUAUUUGUGAUUUAUUGCUGCGUGGUUUUCUAGCCACAUCAAGUUUUUGCUCACAAUUUUGGUCUCAAUUUAAAUUUUCAGUUUUUUUUCUAAACCUUGAACUCACUUGCGCAAUAAAAGAAAUGAACUGUAGACACAAUUAUUGUUCUCGCUACAAAUACUGCUCUUAUGCUGCCAAACUAAAUCUCGACAAAAAAAUUCAGGAUACUUGUUUAGGAAUAUUUAUAUUCCAAUAUGAAAAUCAAAGUAUUUUGUCGUGAACCUUUCUACAACAUUAAAACUCAAAAACUGAUUCCCAGACUGCACCCAUUUCUUUCAGCAGGUAAUUUCUCUAUAAUAUAUUUUAUAAUUUUUAUAUAUGCCUGCCCCAAAAUUAGAUAUUAUUCAGAAAAACUAUACAGCGCAGCAGGACGUAUGCACAUAUUAAUGAUAGGAAUGAUAGUAAAAAUAAAAUGAGAAUAAUGGAGGUUUGAAAAUUUAUGAUUUUAUGGAAAAUUUUUAAUUCAACGUUGACCAUAAAGGAAAAUUGGAAAAUACUAAAUUUAAAAUUUACUGCGAUAAAAAAUGAGACUCCCGGCCUAUCAGCAAUUUAUAGACAAUUGAUUAAUAUGCCGUGAGCGAUAUUGAGCGAAAUAAUCAUAUGUGCAAAAAAUAAAGGUAUGUAAAAUAUAAAUAGGAUUAAUAGGAAUCACGCAACUAAACAUGUUUGCAAAACAAAGAUAAUAAAAAUUCAAUGGUAGUUAACUAAAAACACGGUGUGCUAGUCUUACUUAGCCUACAAUAAUGUUACACGUUGAAUUCCAAUGUUGGAAUAGAAACAUUGUAAAAUAAAAUAAAAAUAUGAAAAGAUGGUAAUAAAUGUACUGAUGAUAGUGUAGUAGUGUCAUGUGUAAAAUGGAAUUUCAAAGUUGAAGUUAUAAUAAAAUAAUCUGCAAUACAAACAUGAAAGAAAAAAAUACUAUGAGUAAAACUUUUGUGUACAAGUUGAGUAAUGGAGCUGUUUGAUAUUAAAACAAGCGAUAACACUGAUUACAGCUUUAGUUAAAAUUUAAGUUAUAUACGCCAUAAAAAAAUUAUGCAGCCGUUGUUGUUACGUGAAACUACAUGAACUGUAUGAAGAUUGAAGUGCAUUAGAGGAACGAAGACAAUUGUCAUAAUAGAUUAAAUUGAAUUAAUAAAAUGUAAAAUAGCAAAAA